AUGGGCCGCCGGCGCAGCCUAAGCCCGAGUCCCAGUGGGAGAGGAGGGAGAGGAGGAAAAGGCAGCGUUAGCCCUAGCCCCAACGGGAGAGGGGCCGGGAAGCGCAGCCCCAGCCCUGGUAGAGCGGAGGGGAGGCAUGAGGUCGAGAGGAGGGCUGAGCGGAAGGGGAGGGUUGUGGGAGAGGGGAUUGGGGAAGAUGUGGUAAGAGGCAGAGGGCGGUCAGAUGAUUCUGAUUCGGAAGGGUCUGAUGGGCGGGGAGAGGGGGUGAAGGGGAAUGGCGGGGAGGAGAGAGGAGGGGAAAGGAAGAGGGCCAGGCGUGGGGCUGACGAGAUGGAUGAGGGGGAGGGUGGUGUGGGAGGAGGGGCGGUUCAGAGGGGUGGUGAGGGGUUGGUUCACGGGGGUGGUGGUGAGAGAAGAGAUGGGGGUGAGAAUGAGAGAUGGAACGGGGAGAGGGAUGCAGGUGGGACCGAGCAUGGGCGUGUGGGAGGGAGUGAGAGUGGGAGUGAGAGUGAGGAGGGUCGUGGGAGUAGCAAGGAGAGGAAUGGGGGGCGGCGAGGACGAGGCGGGAGGGAGCAGAAGCAGCAGGAGGAGGAGGAAAAGGAGCAAAAGGAGAUUCGUCGACUAGAGCGCGAGCAAGGCGCGAAGGGCGGCGGGGGAGGCGGCGCGGCGUGGGAGGGCGGCGUGGAGCUGGAGGUGGCGAUCUUCCAAUUCAUGGUGGCCAACGGUCACCCGGACCGCUUCCCCACGCGCCGCGAGCUGCUCGCCGCCGGGCGGCACGACCUCGUGGCGGCUUGCCUGGCGGACGGCGGGUGGCUCAGCGCCGGCUGGGACGUGGGGGACGCGGGGGACGCGGGGACGGCGGAUGCGGGGACGGGGGGUGCGGGGAAGGGGAACGCGGGGGAAAAUGCUGCAGAGGUGGCGGAAGCAGGGGGGAAAGGGGUUGAGGAGGGAUGGUUGCAGAGAGAUGGAAUGGGGAUUGCGGGGAGGAGCGGUGGUGUUGGCGGAUGGGGGGGAAGAGAGGCGAGUGGGAGGGAUGAAAGACUUGGGAAUGGCAGGGAGGGUCAACCGGGUCAAUGGGCUGCAAGUCAACUGAGUAGCUCAGGUCAACCAGGUCAACGGGCUGGAGAUUAUCUGAGUAGCUCAAGUCAACGGAGUCAACGGCAGGUGGAAACGGUGGAUGACGGAGUGGACUCGGACUCAGGGUUUUGGUCCGCCAUGCUCUCCCCGCCCUCUCCGCCCAUUCCCCCGCGCUCUACGUCCAUCCCCCCGCUCUCCCCGCCCAUUCCCCAGCGCUCUCCGCGCGUACCUCCCCCAGGAGCGGAUAGCAGAGGGAGGGCUUGGGCAGAAGGGGGAAACGCGGAAGCGGGGGGCACACCAAGAGGGGUAGGAGGAAGUGGAGGUGGAGGAGGAGGCGGAGGAGGAGGAAUGGGGUCAGGGUCAGGAGCAGGCGUGGGAAGGCCGGACGGGAGAAGCGCUGGUAGCGUGGGGCAAGGAGCAACGAGUGGGACAACGAGCGGGGGAACGAUGGGGGCAGGGGCAGGCGCAGCGAACUGGCGAGCGGAUGUGAUGCCAGGGCUUGACACGCCCCCACAGCCCACACCUCGAUUAUUUUCAUCUGCCCGCGCCCCUGCUCCUCCUCCUCCUCCUCCUCCUCCUGCCCAGCCUCUAUCCUGGGCGCUCGAGGCUUCUCACGAGGACGCGUCCUCUUCGUCAGAGGAGGAAGAAGUAUGGUCAGCGGGGGAAGGCUGGUCAGAGGGGGAGGGAGGAAGCAGCAGCGAGUGGGAGGAGUUCUCUGCGUCAUCAGAGGAGGAGGGGGAUUCCGGUUCAGACGAGGGCAGAGGCUCGGUGUCAGGCUCAGAUGGGGACGCGAGGGCGUUUACAAGCGGGGAAAGGGGCGUGUCUGAAAGCGGGGUGAGAAUGAGCGUAUCAGAGUCAGACGGGGAGAGGAGUGUGUCUGGGAGCCGGGGAAGCACCUCAGGGUCAGACGGCGAGGGGAAGGCGUCUCCAAGUGUGGUGCAGGGCGCGCAGAUGCGCCUGUCCGCGCUCUUCCAGCAGCUGGGACUGCCCGCCAUUCAAUGGCACCCCACCGCUUCCUCUCCCCCUACCCCUACCCCCACCUCUCUCAGCGACCCCGCCUCUACCUCUACCUCUACCUCUAUGGGCGAUCGCACUGCAAGAGCGCCAACAAACCCUGCUGCAAUCCCUUUGGGCGAUUCCGGUGCAGGGGCUCUAGGCAAUCCCGGUGCCGGCUCUCUGGUUGACCCUGGUGCAAGCGAACCAGGCAGUGCGCGAGAGGGCCAGGAGAGGGGGUAUGGGGUUCAGGGGAGCAAGCGUGGGGGCAAUGGGAGCAGGCAGCAGGACAGGGUGCGGGGCGGGGAGGAGAGUGGGAGCGAGAGUGAGGGGGUGAGUGAUGGUGAGGGGAGUGGAGCCUUCUCUGAGUGGGAAGAGGAGGAAAGUGGAGGAGGAGUCUCUCCCACUCGACAGCAGCUGCAGGCGUUUUCAAUAGCGGCAGGGCAGGCGGGCAUCAUGCCCACGCAGGAGCAGCUAAAGCUCGCAGGGCGAGGGAAAAUUCCUCACUUCUGGCCUCCCUCAUUCCUUCCUUUCCCGCCCUCCCAGCCCUGCUGCUCAGCGGGAGCAGCUGCAGGCGUUCUCAGCCGCAGCAGGGCAGGCGGGCAUCAUGCCGAAACAGGAGCAGCUGAAGCACGUGGGGCGAGGGGAAAUCCUCAGGUUCUCACUUCUGUCCCCCUCCAUUCCUCCAUUCUCUCCCCUCCCAGCCCUGCUACCCUGCGGCAGCAGCUGCAGGCGUUCUCAGUGGCAGCGGGGCAGGCGGGCAUCAUGCCGACUCAGGAGCAGCUCAGACAAGCGGGGCGGGGGGACCUGGCCGCCGCACUCAGGCAGCUGGCAAGGGAGCAGGCGGGGGGAGAGGCAUGGCGGGACGGGGAGGGGCGGGCAAAGGAAGGGGAGGAGGGGGUGCAACGGGGGCGGAAGGGGGCAGAGGAGACGGCGGUUACAGGGACGGGGCCAGGGCAGGAAAUGCAGGGGAUUGAGGGGAUGGGGGGAAUGAGGGGAGUGGGGGGAGUGGGCGGAGAAGGAGGAGGGAGGGGUGAAGCAGCACCUACAGCAGGGCGGGGGGCAGCAGAGGGCGCAGGAGGGGACGAAGGGGGGCGAGGAGGGACGGCGGGGAGGGGCAUGGGGUGGAGUGCGGUGGCGAGGUUGAUGGGGCUGGGCAGGCGGAGGAGGGGGCGGGCAGCAGGGGGGGCGGAGGGGAAGGGAGGCGGCGGGCGUGGGGAGGGGGUGGAUGAGGGCGAGGGUGGGAGUGAGGGGGACGGUGUGGCUGGGGGUGGGGCGGGGGCUGUUCCGGAGGAAUCGGUUGUCAUGAGCAGUCCUGUUAAGCCGCGGAGACCAGUGGGGCGCCCUAGAAAAACCCCGCCAGCGAAUAAGGGGCGAGCAGAGAAGGCAGGGAGGGAGGCAGAACAGGAGCCUGGUGUGGGGCCAAGCAUUGGUGGAGGGGGCGUUGGGGGGGCCACGGGGAAGGACGUGGGGGAGAAGGGGAGCAGAGAGGAGACGGAGGAUGAGGAGAAGAGGAGGAGAAUGGAUGAUGGGAGUGUGGAGGAGGGGGGAGUGGUCGAGGGGAGUGUGGGAGAGGGGAGGGUGGUAGUGGGGAGGUUGGGGGGAGCGAGGGUGGUGGAGGGGAGCGUGGGGAAUUUGGACGGCUUUGAUGCAGCGCUGAGUGCCAGCCUGGCGAAUCUGAUGGCGUUCAGAAAGCGGCUGGAGGGGUUGGAAGCUGGCGCUGGUGGCAUAGCUGCUGCUGCAGGGGCUGGUGCAGGGACUGGUGCAGGGGCAGCUGCGGGGACAGCUGCUGGGACAGCUGCGGGGACAGCUGCGGGGACAGCUGCGGGGACUGGUGCAGCUCGAGAGCCCUCCCAGGACCAGAUAACACCUCUCCCUCCCCAAGCUCAGAUAGAGCCUGCCUCCCAGGCCCAGGCAGCAGGUGGCGUGCAAGAGGAGGUGGUGCCUUCCCCAGAUGAGCCUGCUGUGAGGAAGAGGAGGCGGAGGGUGGGGAGGAAAGGGACCCCUGCCACUUUUGCCACUCGUGGUUCCGUCUCUUCUGCAACAGAGGAGCCAGGGAUCACAGCAGGGGCGGCAGCAGAAGCAGACGCAGCACGUGAGGCACCAUUACCACCGCCAGAACCAGCAGCAGCAGCAGCAGCAGCAGCAGACGCAGACAAGACAGGGCCUUUACCGACAGACUCGCAACAGCCAUCAGAAAACAGACCACAGAGCAAGGAACCUUCCUCGCCACCAGUGCGCAAGUUCCGGUUACCACCUCCCCCUGCUGCGCCAGUUGUGCCUCCCCCAGCUGCCGCCUUCCUCAGGCGCGACCCGGAUGAGCUGGCAGGGGUGACGGGGCGCAUCCGAUCCCUCGAGCAAUCGCUGGCCGCCACGCGUGCGGCGCUGAGGCAGGGGAGGGAGGCGCUGAGUAGGCGAGAUGCUGAGCUGGAACAGGUCAGUGCUGAGGUGGAACAGGUCAGUGUUGAGGUGGACUGGACAGGGUGGCUGAGUGGUUCUUUGUUUUCCUAUCAACUGACAGACUCUCUGGAGUUCCAGGAGAAUGCGCAGUCGCACCAUGGGCGAGCUGCUGCGGCUGACAGACUCGUUGGAAUGCGCAGUCGCACCAUGGGCGAGCUGCUGCGGCUGACAGACUCUCUGGAGUUUCGGGAGAGUGAGAUGCUGCGCACGCGAGCAGAGCUGCGCUCCACUCGCGCUGAGGUCUCAGCCCUCGAAGGCAGAUUCGCCACCGAAUUCAGGGAGACGAGGCGCGUGUUGGAGGAGAAGGAUCAGCAGCUGGGGGAGCUGCAGCUGAGGCCCACUCGAGUGGUGUGGCCCAACCCCGGCAAUGAAGUGCUUCUCACCGGCUCCUUCAAUGGCUGGACCAACCGGAUCAAAAUGGUCAAGUCAAAUGCGGGGGUGUUCGUAACAACUCUUCAUCUGUACCCCGGACAAUACGAG